GGCCGUGAGCUGGUGAGUAAGGCGGGCCGGGGGCGCCGGAAGAGCCGCGGGUGUCGCUGCUAGCCGCUAGCUGCCCGACUUAGCUUAGCGCUAGCCCGCUAGCUAGCUAGCUAGCUACACACCGCUCGCUCGCUCGCUCGCCUUUGUUUAUUUUCCCGGCGGCGCUGAACACGGCGGCGAGAGACUCGCUCCGGGAACCAGGACGCCGCCGCCCGGCUGCCCGUGACAAAGGGCCGGGGCUUGGGACGCCGGGCUUGCUUAUCUGGUGACGGAAAUCGGCUCGACUUCCCACCGAUGGCUCUUUAGUGUCGCCGCCCAGCCAGCUAGCGUCCGCCAGUGUUGGCUAGUAGUUAGCGCGACAGCCGGCGCACUCUCUCUCUCUCCGGGUCGGUAACCGCUCAGCGAUCAAAAUGCAUCAUCAGGACUAUUCUGGAGACUCGUCCGGGACCAGGAAAAUGCCCCAUCCCACAAGUUUCCACCACAGACGGGGCAGCAGCGGCGCCCCUGCAUCAUCAUCCUCCGCAGCCGGCGGCGGCGGCGGCGGUAGUGUUAUUGCCGGUGAGGACAACCCGACCCAGGCCGGAUCCUCCUCCCCUGGACUCCACCACCAGCCGCCGUCCCAAGUGGCAGGGGCUCAGGUGAAGAAAAAGAGUGGCUUCCAGAUCACAAGUGUCACCUCGGCUCAGAUCAACGUGAGCGCUAACAACAGCCUGGCGGACGACACCGAGAGCUACGAUGACAUGGAUGAGUCGCACACCGAGGACCUGUCGUCGUCUGAGAUGCUCGACGUGUCUAUGUCCAGGGCGACAGACACGGGGGUGCCGGAGAGGAGCUCCUCUGACGAAACACUGAAUAGCCUCCAUGGGGUUGACACUCCUGGCCUUGUGUCACCUAAUGAGCCGCUGCACCUGCACUCCAUUCCCCAGGGGUCUCAGCACCAGGCCUCUAUGAUGAACGGGAGUGUGCAUCAUCAGCAACAUAGCCACUCUCACCAUCACCAUGGUCACCCCUCUGACGUUAUAGGCGGAGUGCAACUUCCUCCGACAGCUACAGUGGGUGCUCCCGCUGUUGCUCCCAUAGCUAGCUCCACAGCUCAAAUUUCCAAAGGAGGAUCUGGGCCUGGCCAACCACAGAUGCAAACAGUGUUUGAUAAUACUGCACCUGCUGGUAAGGCAAACCAACCAUUAACCAUGGUUGCUGGUGGUACAGCUGCAGAGACACUGGGAAAUGUGAACAUUGCCAACGUGUCUGCUGUCGGUACUCAAGGAAUGAUCCCUGCUGGCCUCACAGCGCUUGACAACACAGGUGUGGUUGGACAGAUGGCAUCCACCGGAGUGGGAACAAACCCUGUGGCUCAAGCCCAGCCUGCUGCUCCCAACCCUCAGAUCCAGCACACCCAAACCCAGACAGCAACUGGCUCUCGCUUCAGGGUGGUCAAACUGGACACCAAUUCUGAGCCGUUCCGCAAAGGCAGGUGGACAUGUACAGAGUACUAUGAGAAAGAGGUUCCCCAAGCAACUAUAUCUGAGGCACCCAAGGCACCUGAGGCAUCUGCAGAGGCUGAGCCCGGAAAUGGGGGCCCUGCUAUGGCCAGCCCAGGCCCAACAGCUCUACAACCACCCCAGACACUGCAGCCUUAUCAGCAACCAAGCCAAGACUUCACCAGUCCCCAGGUCAUGCAGAGCCCCCCACAGGGACUAGUCCAGAACCUCCCUAUGGCCCAGAUGCCACCCCAGGAGAUUGGCAGUGGUGGUCACAUGCUUCAGCAGCCUAUGGUUGCCCCUCCUGUCACUCUGCCCGCACCAACACCACAGGUGAUGGCGCAGAGUAAUGUUAGUCAACCUCCCCCUGUCAUGUCCCAGCAGUUGCCCUAUGUUGUUGACCCACACCAGGCCCAACCACAAGUGGGUUUUCCUGUACCCCAACUCUCCUCUGGGAUCAUGCCCCAAGGAGGAGGUCGCCCGCCGGACUUUAUCCAGCCCACUGCUCCCUUUCAGAACCAGGUUCAGCCUCCUCUGCCUCAUGUUACCGCGGCAGUCUCCAUGGCAGCAGGACCUGUGGCUGGAGGGCAGCCAUCAGUCACUGUCACUCAACAAUUGCCCCCUCAGGGCCAAGCCACCCCCCCUGCUCAGGCUAGCUUUGCCACAGCUCAGCCCCAACAACGCCAACAGCAGCUGCACCCUCAGAUCCCACAGGCUCAAGCCCAGCCCCCCUCCACCACCCCAGGCCCUGUAAGCACCACCCAGGGGACCCAUUACGUACCUCUGACGGCACUGCAAGCAGACCUACAGCCCAUCUUGACCCCGGGCACGACCCUCACACAGCCCUCCCUAGCCACCCAGGCCCCCGGAGGAGGAAGCUUCUUGAGAACCACCCAGUUGGAGGACGCUCAGAGGCUGCUGUUCCAGCAUCAGAGCCUGCUGAAUCUACCAAAGCUAGGGACAGCCACAAGCGGAGAGGGAGCCGCAGUAGCUGGUGGGGCCUCAGGAGCCCUAGCCCACAUGGGGAUGGCUGCAGAGGCCAGCGCCUUGAUGGCUGCUGCUGCCGGCCUCAGGUCCCAGCCUGCUGAGGGCGAGGAAGACAGAUUAAAAGCAACACUGUGCAAAGGAAAAGGAAGAUAUCGGACACCUUAACUGAAUCCAUAAUGGUUGGUCUGCAAAAGCACCUGCUAUAAGCUGAUGAACGGUCUCCCAAC